AACUUUUUCUUUUAAAACCCAUUGAACAUCAUUCGACGCAGAAUUUCAUUCUACAUCUGAAUAUGUAUAAAUGAAGGUUCCACCGUGCAUAGGACAGGAGAAAAAUGCCAAAAACUUCGGAUUUUCUAAGGUUUGGAAAAGUUUUUCGGAAAACAGUUUUCGACAGUUAUCUUGAAAUUCAGCCACAUCUUUCAGCUGAAAGAGUUUUCGGAUUCAAUAGUCCGAUGUAGAAUUCAAUUUUCUAUCGAUCUGCGCAAACCUCAGAUUUUUAACAUUAAAUUUCGUUUUUUCGGAGAUCUUUUUCCGAAGCCCUUGUUAUUUCGCCUUUGCAAACCUUUUCGGAAAACAAAGAGACACGGACUAGAAAGAGAAUUUUACGCGGAUUCCAAAUAUAAACUUAUUCUCGAAGGACGAUCUUUCCUUCACUGUGGUCGCAAUUCACUUUUACCAAUUUUUAAAAUUAUAGAAUUGUAAAAGUUGGUAGAAAAGGAUUUUGCCGCCACGGAUGAAGGAAAGGGUGUAUUUCAAAAAUAAGUUGAUAUUUGGAACCUUUCAUUUAUACAUAUUCAGAUGUAGAAUGAAAUUCUGCGUCGAAUGAUGUUCAGUGGGUUUUAAAAGAAAAAGUUUCAGGUUUUUCCGAGAUGCGCUGACCGGUUUUGACAAGAGGCCCUCGAGUGUUUUCCAUCAUUUCCGCGAAAAUUCGACGACGGUUCAUGGUAGUACUCUGGGUCUACUUCGCGAAACCGUAGAGAGCCCUUCAAACACACCAUCUUCGGUUUGCGAAAACCUCUUUGCAAAACGCCCGAUGACGUUUUGUUUAUGUCUAAAGAAUAAAUUUUUUCCGGAGAACGCUUAACUCAAACAAGUUCAAAUUUUUAUCAUGCAUUGUACUCAUACCAAGACAGCUCUGCUAAAAAUUUAAGCUCAUUAGCAUUUCAUCUGACGGAAUUAUAGCGUAAGCAAAAUUUUCACUGCCUCUUAUAGAACAGCAAGUAGCUAAGAGUCAGGUCUCUCUGCAAGCGCAAUUUCGUCUAUGUCGGCUUAAAUAUGAUUUUAAUACUAUGAAAAUUGUAGAUGUGGACCAUAGUUACUUCGAAUGACUUGAUAUCUUUUUUAUUGUGAAAUCAAUGUCUCACAUGCGGAUAUUUGAAACCACAAAGUCAUUUAACUUCCGAAACACAAAAUCCAUUUAACUUCUUCAUUUUAGGUGGCAAUUCGUUGCAAGAAUAUGUUACUUCUCGAAAGUUUGCCGAAUGAAAUAUUACUUGAAAUUUUUUAUUGGAUAUGCCCGUCCGAUUUGUUUAAAUCAUUCUUUAACCAAAAUUCUCGUCUUAACUUAUUGAUCUCUGCUUCGCGUUUCCGUUUAUCAUUAUCAGGUGAUCAAAAGAAAACGUUUGACUAUUGCUGUGAAAUAAUCAUGCCAAAAAUAUUGAAAAAUCAUGUCGUUUCAUUUAACUUUGAUGACAGACAUGAUCGUGUUAGCAAACAUUCAAUCUCACAGUUAUUAGCUGAUAUUGAAGAGUUUACAGAAUUAAAAUCAUUAACGAUAUAUGCAUUGUUUUCAUCAAAUAUAAAAGAUCUUAUACCAAAAUUAGGAAAAUUCGAAUGCUUAACGAAUCUAUCUCUUACUUUUAUGCAUCAGAGGGUUCAAUUUAUUAGUAGACUGGGAAAUGACGUUGAAACGGAUACAAAGAAAAUUUGCAAAAUGAUCAUUUGGAAAGAGCUGAGAGCAUUAAAACAUUGUAAGCUAGCAUUUCCUCACACGAUGUGUUUUCAGACGACGAUGACAGGACCAAUAAAUUUGGAAUAUUUGAAAAUUAGUCAUUGUAACUUAACUGAAAUGAUAGCACUGCUUAAACAUAUACCAAAACUUAAACAUUUCUCCGUUUGCAUUUGUACGUAUGGAGAACAAUAUCCGGAAUACGAGCUACCAUCGUUGCAAUAUUUAUCGCAUUUUGCAUUAGAUAGUCGAUGGAUAUCAUAUGAACAAACAGAAUAUCUCUUGCGCCAUAUGCCACAACUGAAAAAGUUCGUAUUUUCCGGACAUUCCUUGGAAUUUGUUAAUGGUAAUAUGUGGGAACGAUUAAUUGUUCAGUUCCUACCACUACUACAGUCAUUUGAGUUUAGUAUAUCCGUUCGUUAUUCUGGAGAAAAUCUAGAUUUGAAUGGAUUAUUAUUGCCCUUUAAAACAAAUUUCUGGAGCGAUCAGCAAUGGUUUUUCACAUUUGAUUAUUAUCCGUUAGAAAGUUCUGAAAAUCUAUACAUUUAUUCGGUUCCAUGUAAAAUGUCAUCGAUGUAUUUAAAAAAGCCAUUUAAUUUACAAACGCUAACAACGGCAACAAGUGAGUCACAAGCAUACAACAAUAUUAUCUCUUUAAAUGUAUCUACGUAUCAACCAUCAAUCCAAAGUUGUAGCACUACAAGCGCACGUCACUAUCCAAAUGUUGAAUAUCUACGAAUCAAUGGAAACAACGAAGAUGGCGAUUAUCGAAUAUUUUAUGAUAAACUUAUGAGACUAAUUAAUAUUUCAGCCGUCAAAAAUUUGAGAUUCAAGGAUGUUCGUAGUCAUUCUGAUGUUAGAUCCUUACUGCAA